UAACAUCUGUCACAGUUCAAACAACUAUGCAAUCCAUUGGAGUCCUGAUGGCUUGCCCCAUGAACUAUUACCUCGAACAACAACUCGAGAAGCGUUUCAAGCUCUUCAGGUUCUGGACAGUGCCGGACAAAUCAUUGUUCCUGGCUUCUCACAAAGACUCAAUCCAGGCGGUGGUCGGAGACGCCUCUUCCGGUGCCGAUGCUGAGCUGAUCGAGGCUUUACCCAAGCUGGAGAUUGUUGCCAGCUUCAGUGUAGGAAUUGAUAAGAUAGAUUUGGCAAAGUGUAAAGAAAAGGGCAUCCGAGUUACCAACACCCCUGACGUUUUAACUGACGACGUGGCGGAUUUGGCGAUUGGGUUGAUAUUGGCGGUUUUGAGGAAGCUUUGUGAGAGUGAUCGGUACGUGAGGAGUGGCAAGUGGAAGAAAGGGGACUAUGUUUUGACCACUAAGUUCACUGGGAAAAAAGUUGGCAUUCUCGGUCUGGGAAGGGUUGGCAUGGCAAUUGCAAAGAGAGCCGAAGCAUUUUGCUGCCCUAUUAGUUACCACUCGAGAACAGAGAAACCAGAUAUCAAAUACAAAUACUAUCCGAGCGUUGUCGAGCUGGCUUCCCAUUGUGAUAUCUUGGUUGUUUCUUGUCCCCUGACUAAGGAGACCCACCACAUAAUCAACAGGGAAAUCAUUGAUGCAUUAGGUCCAAAGGGAGUCCUCAUCAACAUUGGGAGAGGUCCUCACGUCGAUGAACCUGAGCUGGUUUCUGCAUUAGUUGAACGCCGUCUUGGAGGUGCGGGGCUUGACGUGUUUGAACACGAACCCAAUGUACCGGAAGAGCUCUUCGGGCUUGAUAAUGCAGUGCUCGUACCUCAUGUGGGAAGUGAUACUGUGGAAACCUGCCAAGCUAUGGCUGAUCUUGUGAUUGGGAACUUGGUGGCUCACUUUCAGAAGAAACCACUGUUAACUCCUGUGGUUUAAUGGUGCUAUAUUAGUAGAUUGCAAACUUCAGAUUGCUGCUCUCAUUUAUAUUUUCAUGAUUUUAUGGACAUUUUUGUAGAUAUUAUAUGUAGAUGAUUGUAAAACCUUCUUUCUAUGGGCAAAUAUUUGUUG